CAUCAGUUCUUCACCCAUUAAAGUCUUCUCCAAGCAAAAUUAAGCCCCUAACUCCACUCGCCUUCUUCACUUCACUUUCCUCUGUAAACCAACACCCAAAACUCUCUUUUUUCUUUUUCUUUUUCCACUUCCGGUUACUUAUUCAAGCAAUAAUGGUGGACGUAGAUCGGAGGAUGUCCGGUCUGAACCCGGCCCACAUAGCAGGCUUACGCCGUCUCUCUGCUCGUGCUUCCGCUCCUUCAACCGCGGCUUCCCACCACGUUCGCAACGGUCUUCAGUCCUUCUCUUCAUUAGCGGAUAAAGUUAUAAGUCAUUUACGGGAGUCGGGUUUCAAAGUCCAACCGGGCUUGUCCGACGCUGAGUUCUCUCGAGCGGAAGCCGAGUUUGGUUUUGGUUUCCCACCUGACCUCCGAGCCAUAUUAUCAGCCGGGUUACCCGUGGGCCCUGGUUUCCCCGAUUGGCGGUCUAAUGGAGCCCGAUCCCAUCUUCGGGUUUUGCUUGAUCUUCCCAUCGCUGCAAUUUCCUUUCACAUAGCGCGUAACACGUUGUGGUCCAAAUCUUGGGGACCAAGACCUUCCAACCCGGAAAAGGCUUUACGGGUGGCGAGGAGUGCGCUUAAGAGAGCUCCACUGUUGAUCCCCAUUUUUAAUCACUGCUAUAUUCCCUGUAACCCAUCUUUAGCGGGUAACCCGAUUUUCUUCAUCGACGAGACCCAGAUUUUCUGUUGCGGAUUCGAUAUAUCCAACUUUUUCGACAUGGAAUAUUUGUUUCGGAGCUCCUUAUCCGACCCAGAAUGGUUGAAAAAACAGACACCAGUUAGUGAGAAAUCAGCCGGGUCGUCCACUAACGGCUCGAGGCGGACUAGUAUGGAUGCCGGUUUCCUCACCGGUACUCGGCCCCCUAGAUGGGUUGAAUUCUGGAGCGAGGCGGUCGUUGAUUGGAGUCGGAGAAACUCAUCCUCGAAUAUUUCGACCGAGACGUAUUUCCAUAUUCCGAAAACCAAAAUUCCGAAAUGGGUGGAGGAUUACAUAGAGCAAAUAGGGUCGGUUCUCAGAGAAGGCGGGUGGAGCGAGUCCGAUAUAGCAGAGAUAGUACACGUGUCGGGUUCUGGGUUCUUCGAAGAAGAGAUAGUUUUAUUGGAUAAUCAAGCGGUUCUAGAUGCGCUUCUUUUAAAAGUAGACCGGUUCUCAGAUUCGCUCCGGAAGGCUGGAUGGAGCUCCGAAGAAGUUUCGGAUGCUCUAACUUUUGACUGCCGACCGGAGAAGGAAAAGAAACCCGCCAAGAAAUUAUCUCCUAAGCUCGUGAAGAAAAUAGGGAAGCUUGGUGAAUCAGUUACGCUGUCAUGAGAUGAGAUGGACAACAAAGUUCCAUUUUUGUUUUUAAAAAGAAUUCAGGUCUGCUGGGUUUAUAGGAAAGAAAAAACAGAUGUUUGUGUGUGUUGGGGGGCAAGAAGUAAUACGUUGUUGUACCAAAAGGGAAGUAGGUAAUAAAAAUGGUUCAAAUGGAA